AAGGAGCGGAGCCGCUGCUGCUCAAUGGCGGAAAAGCCGCCGGUGUUCUGACCGACUUGUCCCCCUAGCAGUUGCGGGGGAGUUUCCUGCCGGCGCGGCUGGAGUCUCUGUUUCUCAGGGUUCGGUGUCUGGAAAAUGCUCCAGAGAGACGAGGCUGCGGCGGAGGAGGUGGCGGCGGCGGCGGCAUCGGCAACGGCGCUAGGGUGGAGAGAAGGCGGCGGCGGCGGCGUGAGAGGACCGACGGUGUAAACAGCCCCAAAGGCGGCGGCGGCGGUGGCCGAGACCCCGAGGGGGAAGCCGCGUCUGAGGCAGGGUCCCGCCUCCGUUGGAAACCUGGGCUGAGCGCAGCCGAGGGGUGCUCAGCGCCGGGCGCGAGCGAGACGCCUUAGACCUCGCCUCCCUCCCUCGCUUCAGAUUCAUUACUAAACAUGGGUGCAUUUUUGGAUAAGCCCAAAACUGAGAAACAUAAUGCUCACGGUGCUGGGAAUGGGUUACGUUAUGGCCUGAGCAGCAUGCAAGGAUGGAGAGUGGAAAUGGAAGAUGCACACACAGCUGUUGUAGGAAUUCCUCACGGCUUGGAAGACUGGUCAUUUUUUGCAGUUUAUGAUGGUCAUGCUGGAUCUCGAGUGGCAAAUUACUGCUCAACACAUUUAUUAGAACACAUCACUAAUAAUGAAGACUUCAGGGCAGCUGGAAAAUCAGGAUCUGCUUUUGAGCCUUCAGUGGAAAAUGUCAAGAAUGGUAUCAGAACUGGCUUUUUGAAAAUUGAUGAAUAUAUGCGUAACUUUUCAGACCUCAGAAAUGGGAUGGACAGGAGUGGUUCAACUGCAGUGGGAGUUAUGAUCUCUCCUAAGCAUAUUUACUUUAUCAACUGUGGUGAUUCACGUGCUGUGCUAUAUAGGAAUGGACAAGUCUGCUUUUCUACCCAGGAUCACAAACCUUGCAACCCAAGGGAGAAGGAGCGAAUCCAAAAUGCAGGAGGCAGUGUAAUGAUACAACGUGUUAAUGGUUCUUUAGCAGUGUCUCGUGCUUUGGGGGACUAUGAUUACAAGUGUGUUGAUGGCAAGGGCCCAACAGAACAACUUGUUUCUCCAGAGCCUGAGGUUUAUGAAGUUUUAAGAGCAGAAGAGGAUGAAUUUAUCAUCUUGGCUUGUGAUGGGAUCUGGGAUGUUAUGAGUAAUGAGGAGCUCUGUGAAUUUGUUAAAUCUAGGCUUGAGGUAUCUGAUGACCUGGAAAAUGUGUGCAAUUGGGUAGUGGACACUUGCUUACAUAAGGGAAGUCGAGAUAACAUGAGUAUUGUGCUAGUUUGCUUUUCAAAUGCCCCCAAGGUCUCAGAUGAAGCAGUGAAAAAAGACUCAGAGUUGGAUAAGCACUUGGAAUCAAGGGUUGAAGAUAUUAUGGAGAAGUCUGGAGAAGAAGGAAUGCCUGAUCUUGCCCAUGUCAUGCGCAUCUUAUCUGCAGAAAAUAUCCCAAAUUUGCCUCCAGGGGGAGGGCUUGCUGGCAAUUUGGCCUCGGAUGAAGCAGAGGAAAGUGGAUCACAGGGGAAAUUGGUGGAAGCUCUCAGGCAAAUGAGAAUUAAUCAUAGGGGAAACUACCGACAACUUCUGGAGGAGAUGCUGACUAGUUACAGGCUAGCUAAAGUAGAGGGAGAAGAAAGCCCUGCUGAACCAGCUGCUGCAGCUACUUCUUCGAACAGUGAUGCUGGAAACCCAGUGACAAUGCAGGAAAGCCAUACUGAAUCAAAAAAUGAUCAUGCUGAAUUAGAGAGCUCUAAUGAAGAUGCAGGGACAAAGAUGAGUGGUGAAAAAAUAUGA